AUGUCAGUAGAGUUAGGCUUUCAGGUUUCAAAAGACCAGGCCAUUCCAGUUGGCUCACUCCCUGCCUCACAGCUGUUGUCUCCACAGAGGAGUCUUGAGACCUAGUUCUAUGACAGACACCAUCUCAUGGGGGAGAUCUAUCAGUGGAUGAGCCAGGUCAGCGAGAAGUAUGCAGACGUGUUGACACAGCAUUUCCUGGAAAUGACCUGUGAGACCCCGCCCAUGUGCUACCUGAAGAUCAGCCAACCAUCCAACAUUCCCAAGAUCAUUUGGAUGGACUGUGGAAUUCCUGCCAGGAAAUGGAUUGUCCCUGCUUUUUGCCAGUGGUUCGUGAAAGAGGCAAAAUAUAAAGACAGUGCAAGGAUCAGCAGGCUCCUUAAGGAACUAGACUUCUCUGUGCUACCAUAAGUUAUCGCAGUCCUAAACACUGACAGUUAUAUCUACACUUGGAGUCUGGAUUACCUCUGGAGGAGGUCCAGCUUACCCCAUCAUAAUGGCACAAGCUUUGGAACAGCUCUCCACCAGAAUUUCAAUGUCUCCUGGUGUAGCAAUGCUUCCACAAGCAGCCAAGAUCUAACAUUCUGAGGGAUAGAACCAACAUCUGAACCGGAGAUUAAAGUGGUCUCAAGCCUUAUAGAAAGCAAGAAAGAAGAUGCCCCAUGCUUCCUGACCAUGCAUUCUUAUGGGCAGCUCAUGCUCAUACCAUUUGGCUACACCAAAAAUAAACCAAGUAACUACAAACAAUUAAUUCAAGUUGGACAGAAGGCGGCAAAUGCAUUGAAAGCAAAGCAUGGAACCAAUUAUAGAGUUGGAUCAAGUGCAGAUAUUUUAUAUGCUAUGUCAGGAUCCUCAAAAGACUGGUCUUGAGACAUUAGGAUUCCCUUAUCCCACACAUUUGAGCUAAGGGACAAUGAUACCCAUGGGUUUGUCCUACCUGAAGCUCUGAUCUAGCCCACCUGUGAGGAGACCAUGGAAGCCAUGCCCUCACUCCCUGCUGAGAAUUACUAG